UCUUGCCAACUUGCUCAGCGCUCAAGAGAGAUGCCUAGUUCACGUGACUGUUCAAUAGGCACGUCGAUUCACCCCGCCAUCGCAUUCACGCAUGGCGAAAACAUCGCCAUGAUCGAUUUGCUGCUGCUGCGAUAAUCAUGGCCGUACAAACCAGCGACGAUGAGUUUGGCUACGACUUUGAAACCGAUGACGAGGAGCUUCUCAUCCAACUUGCUUCCACUCACUCGCCGCCGCUCAAGUCGACGGAUGAUGUAAAUCGAGCUGUCGUCCCAGCUUCGAGCUUUGCCAAGAAGACAACUUCAAGCUUCGAGGCUUUGGGGGAGGUCACAUCGUCUCAGAAAUAUGUCUACCGCAGCUAUGCGUCACCAUCAAAUGGCUUUGCUAUAAAAGAAGAGAUAACCGCAUCGACAUCAAUGACAGACGAGAAAAGCAUCUCAUUUCCUCCCUCUGUCAGUGCAGCCGUCGCAUAUCCCGAUCUAACCACUGCUCUGCAAGCAAUUAAACCCAUCCAGUCACCACCGCUUACAGAAAUCAGCGACGAUGAUGAGCUUGAAUUCGAGGAUGACCGAUCCCCAUUAAAGAGGUUUCGCUCAUUUCCAAAGAGGCCGCUAACAGUAAGCGACCUGACGGCUGGAGCAUGGUGUGAGCUUCAGUACUGGUAUACACUUACACGACUACCUGGUGGACGGAAAACUCGAACACCAGCCAUGCAAAAAGGCUCCAAAGUCCAUAAGAAGCUUGAAGACGAGGUUCAUACGACGGUCAAGGUUGAGAUUCUAAACAAGGAAGACGGCUUUGGGCUGAGAUUAUGGAACCUGGUCCAAGGACUGAGAACAUUGCGAGAUACGGGUUUGACAAGGGAGCUGGAGGUUUGGGGCAUGGUGGACGGCAAUCUGGUCAACGGUGUCAUUGAUGAUCUCAGCUACGAUAACCCCAAUCCAGAAUUUGAGGAGGAGCUCUCCAGCCAGGGAUCUCAACCCAGUCAAAGCCAGUCAAUGAUAUCAGACUACUUUGGAGGUCUCAAACCUGGCAAGCCAAAGGACAACAACCGCCAGAUUUUCCUUGCGGAUGUCAAAACACGGGGCACUACGAAACCUGUAUCGUCCGCAACCGCUCGGCCUGCAAAGAUUCAGUUACUGCUAUACCAUCGCUUUCUAUCCAACAUGGCUGCUGGAGAGCUGGACUUCUUCAAAGUGUUUAGGCGAUACGGUCUAGAUGCAGAUGAGUGCUUCUCGGACACAUUCAUGUCGCAAAUCGGCGAGCUCCACGACGAAAUCUUCUUCGACACCCCCACUAGUUCGGCAGAAGAAUACGAGCAGUUCAAAAGGAACGCUGCAAAAGGGAAAGCCGCUCAAAACGACAACUCCACUGGUAUCCCCGAAUCGUCCCCCGGCGUGCCAGACCUCCUCAAAUACGGAUCUCUCCGCGAGCUCGUCACUCUCGUCGAGGACGAGAUUCGGCUUACUUUCCCGCGCGGCGCGGAGUCAAUUGGCUCUAUACUGCGUGUGCAGUACGUCUUUCGGGAUGACGGCCGCGAACUUGCGAGGAUUGAUUUCCCUGCUUCGGCGGAGACUUUGGAUACGUAUCUCGCUGGGGACAUGAGCUGGUGGCGCGGCGAGAGGAAACCAAAGGGCGUGACGAUUGAGGAGGCGUUCAAGUGCACGUCGUGCGAGUUCGCGCCGAGCUGCAAAUGGAGGCGCAACAUGGAUGAUGAGCGAGUAAAGAGCGCUCAGGAGAGAGUUAACAAGGGGAAGAAGGUAAUUGAGACACGAUUCUAAUGUUUGCACGGAGUUUUGUUCUUUGUCGGGCAUAUUAUCUGAUUUCGUUACGAUUCACGAUGCAGCAGCGGAGCGUUUCAUGGGGUGGUCCCUUUGUCAUUCACCAUAUAUCAUAUCAUCUCACAUGUUAGCAUAACAUUUCUAGGACAUGGAUAUUUUACUCCUCUUCAACACAAUGCGAUUUAUUACCUCCACCACCUUCUUCUCUACCUUUCAAAAAAAGAACAAAGAAUUAAAAUGCUCUACUACUUACUACCUCUUCACUUUCGCCUCAUGAAUAUAAGACAUCUCAACCAUACAU